CUUUCUUCUUGAACAGACAAAACCACAGGAUGAAUUCGAUCAUCUGGAUGAAGACUGGCAUGAUGUAGUCGGCGAGCCUGGUGGAUUCCUACGCCAUGCAGGUCAACAAGAUGCGCUCUGAGCAGCUGAAGCCCUCAUCGCUGCCAGCCAACAAAAUUGCAGCCCACCUCAAGAGGAGCAUGGCGACCAGGGACACGCGGGUGGCUCGGAGAGAAACACAAAGGUAGCUAAAGGUAAAGGUAAAGGGGUAGCUGACGAAAGUUCAAGCUCAUCGGAUAGCGAUAGUGAUGUCGAACCAAUCGAUCCGAGCAUUCGCCUAGUAAGGCAAAUCCUUAGGGCUGACAGGAGAGGUGAAAGCAUAGAAGCUCAACCAACUAGCGUCCGGAUCCCGGGGGUGGGACGGGUGAACGUGCUACAGGUCCGUGUAGCCUUAACCGCUUCAGGCAACGGCUGCUUAUGAGGAAUAACAGCACCAAUGAAGUGGGUACAAGCAACACAUGUGUUUUGGCUAUCAACCAAGACCGGCGUGCUUUGCUAAGGAGCAGGGGGAGCACCUCAGAGCAGAGUUGUUUGAGAUUGAGGCUCAAGCAAAGUCCGACCUCGAGUAUGCCAGAUCGCAUGGAGUUAUCAAACCUAGAGAGGCGAGGCCUGGCUGUACUGGAGUUGACUGCCCACAUGAAGGCAACGACGAGGAGAGGAAGGAUCGUGUGCGCAGCUUAGCAGCGGCUGCGCUUGCUGUAGUGGAGCAAGCUAUGGACAAUCCAGAACUCUUUGAAGGAAUAUUUGACCAGGCCAGAGCAGUGCUUUCGGGACUAGGUGUUGAAGGAUAUACUGGAGAAGAAGUACCUCGGAUGAAUGGAAACGGCAACAAUACACCGCAACGUGAGGAAAAUGAUGGGAUCAAUUGGGAGGAUCUAGAGAGGGAGAGCCAGGAACUAGUGGAACUCGAAAACUGUCAGCCAUGCACUGAUGCACAACUGACCAUCGUCGCCCCUGCUGUCAAUGGUGAUAGCAUCAGCUCAGGGGGUCCUUAUGAUGGAGAGCGUGUAGGAAAUACACUUCAGGGUGACGUUGACAGCAACAGGGAAAUGUCGGUGGAUGAAGCAACUGAUGAUGCUUUGUUGGGUGUAUCAUCGCUGGAACCAAGUGAUUAUAUGGAGGAAGAAGAGGACGGGAUAGAGUUGGACGAUGAGUUCCUGGCUGUGGCAACACAGGUGCCCAUAGAUUACACGAUGCAUGAAGAGGAACUAAAUGAGGAAAACAAUUUGGUUGGCCUUAAUAACUUAAGGGGCAUGCUUGCUGCACUGAAUACAUGCAUCAGAUGGGUAGCAUGGAUAGCAGCAACGAUGAUGGUUGGGAGCGCAAGGCCGGGAGAUGAUGAAGAUGAAGACCCUCCUCUCAAUGGUCAAAUCUUGUUGGGUUGGCAUGAUGGUGGUGAUGAUCAACCUCCUGGGAGUGGGAUGACAUUGCCAGAGGGUGGGUCAGCGUCUCGCUUUCAGCAAGCAAUUAUCAAGUAUCUUCAUGCCUGUGCGAACCAUGAGAAAACACCUACCAGUGUGGAAGCCCGUGAGCGUGCAACCGAGCGUAGUGAUGCAGGAGAGCUUGGACCACAUGUCACAACUCGUCCGCGAGCCUUGGACGUGCAAACAAACUGUCGUCCUGGACCUUCAUUCCGUCGUGAUGAUGCUGAUGGAGGCGACGGGAAGGCUCCUACCAAUAUGUUGCCAUCUGGAGCUGGUGGUUCAACCUCUCGUUUCCAGCAAGCAGUUCAGAACUAUCUGCACCGGUUUGGGAUUAAAUACACAGUGAAUACCACGGGUAAAACACAUGAUGUAUCACGUGAAGAUGGAUACACAAAUGAGCAGGUCGCUGUUAGGAGAGAUUAG